GACCAAAUUGUUUCUUCAUUACUGUAUGCAAUCAAAUGACUGCUUUCUGGCUGUUCAAAUGUACGCUGGCAUGACCGGCCUGUCAAAUAGUAUAAUUCAGAAGACGGACGUUGGCUGAAUUGCCUUUGAGGUGUCUGCCAAAGCUUAUUAUGGAACUCUGGGCCAUGCUGCAGGGCUUAUCGUAACCAGCAUUUUUCUUCGAUUACCACAACAUGGGAUUGCUUGAUUUUCUUUUCUCCAUCGUCAAAGCAUUUUGUGGAGAGUCGUCUCAGCCACAAGGCGAAAAGCCUAGACCACCGCAACCACAGGAGCCAUUAUCUCCUCUUCCGGGCGCUUGGCCUAGUACUCAACAAGAUCGUUUAAGAUACCAGGACCAGAACCAAGCCAAUCAACACAAUGAACACUAUACGUCCUUACGUGCCAAAGCAAAUCAGGAAGGAGACGCUAUGGCAAAAUGCUUCCAGCAAAGCCACGAAGCGUAUUCUCGCCGUGAGGGCGCGCUAGCUAAGGAACUCUCAGAGAAGGGAAAAAAACACGAACGUGCCAUGGAAGCACUGAACGCGGAGGCCAGUGCAUGGAUAUUCCGAGAGAACAAUCUGGACAGCAAGCCGGGUGAAUUGGAUCUGCACGGACUAUACGUCAAGGAAGCGAUAACAUACUCCGAUAAAGCUAUCAAGGAGGCUCGACAGCGGAGGGAUUCACAGAUCCGCCUUAUUGUUGGGAAAGGCUUGCAUUCCAAUGGCAAUGUUGCUAAAAUCAAACCUGCCCUAGAGGACUUGAUGAAACGGCUCAAUCUUCCAUUUGAGGUGGAUCCACUGAAUGCGGGCGUUCUGAUCGUGCAGCUUGCUUGAUCAUCCAGUGUGAUACCUUUUGUGAACACUGGAUUAAACGACGGACCUAAUUCAAUGUGCUACGGCCGCAAUAACACUUUCGCUUCCGAUACAAAGCUGCGAUUCAUGG